CAAUUGACAUACCAUUCAGUCUUUUCAUUCAUUAAUUAAUCUGUCAAUUAAUUUUUCAUGAAUUGCGGAUAGCAUGUAAAUGAAUGUGAGAAUAUCACGAUUUAUAUGAUUAGCCAAUUAAUUUACUUUAUUACAUUAUAAAUUUUACAUUAAAUUUGACUCGGUGCGAUGGCUAAUACUCAGGAAAUUACGGGACCCGUCUCGCAAGAAGACAUAGAGGCGGCGGAAAAAUUGAAAAAUGAAGCUAAUGAAUAUUUUAAAAGGCAAGAUUACAACGGAGCUAUUGAGUUAUAUACAAAAGCAAUAGAGAAGAAUCCAAAUAAUGCGGUGUUUUACGCGAAUAGGAGUAUAUCGAAUUUGCGGCUGGAGAAUUUUGGUUAUGCGCUAACCGACGCUUCGAAGGCAAUAGAGUUGGACAAAGCUUACACCAAGGCGUAUUACAGACGGGCCGCGGCUCACAUGUCCCUUGGGAAGUACAAAUUAGCGCUUAAGGAUUUUGAAUAUGUAACCAAAGUUAGGCCCAAUGAUCAAGAUGCAAAACUUAAAUACAACGAGUGCAAUAAAAUUGUCAAGAAGAUUGCGUUUGAAAAGGCCAUUUCGGUUGAUAACAUGGAUAUGAACAUAGCUAAUUCCAUCAACUUAGAUGCUAUGACAAUCGAAGAUGACUACAAUGGCCCUGCCCUUGAAGAUGGCAAAGUUACUCUCAAAUUCGCAACCGAUCUGAUGGAACAUUACAGACAACAAAAAAAAUUACAUAAAAAAUAUGCGUACAAGAUCCUGAUCGACGUGAAGGCGUAUCUACAGACGCAACCGUCGCUAGUCGACAUCAAAGUGGCGGACAAUCAGAAGUUCACGGUGUGCGGCGACAUCCACGGCCAGUACUACGACCUGCUGAACAUAUUCGCGCUGAACGGGUUACCAUCGGAGACCAACCCUUAUCUGUUCAACGGAGACUUUGUGGACCGGGGGUCGUUCAGUGUUGAGUGCAUUUUCACUCUGUUCAGUUUUAAACUGCUGUACCCGGACCACUUCUUCAUGUCUCGAGGAAACCACGAGACAAUAGACAUGAACCGAAUGUACGGAUUCCGCGGCGAAGUGACAGCAAAAUACACAUCACCGAUGGCGGAUCUGUUCACCGAAGUGUACAACUGGCUGCCGCUCGCUCAUUGCAUCAACAACAGGGUGCUGGUCAUGCACGGGGGUCUGUUCUCGAGGGAUGACGUCACCCUCGACGACAUCAGGAACGUUGAGAGGAACAAGCAACCGCCUGAGGAAGGCAUAAUGUGCGAGCUUCUGUGGUCGGACCCGCAGCCGAUGUUGGGUCGCUCGCCGUCGAAACGCGGCGUCGGCUGUCAGUUCGGACCCGACGUGACCAACGCUUUCCUGCAGCGGAACAACCUCGACUACAUCAUCCGCAGCCACGAGGUCAAGAACGAGGGCUACGAACUGGCUCACGACGGCAAAUGCAUCACCGUGUUCUCGGCGCCUAAUUAUUGCGACACAAUGGCCAACCUCGGUGCUUUCAUCACAAUGAACGGAAAAGACUUGAAGCCAAACUUCACUACUUACGAAGCGGUGCCCCACCCGUACGUGAAGCCGAUGGCGUACGCAAACUCCUUGUUCAGUAUCCUUUGUCAAUCAUAAGUCUAUAAGCUUUCUUUACUGAAUGUGCGCUCUUUCAUACAAAUUGGUAUCAAUUCUCAUUUGUGGUGUUUACGAAGUCGAUACGAGUGAAUGUUGUAUUUAGUUGCGAAUAAUUUCCGUGUUGUGGCAUUAUUGGUGCUUAAUUAUACAUUUUUAAUGUUAUAUGUGUUGUGUAGCAUUUUGACAUGUGUGUUGACAUAAAACACGAUGCAUGAGCUAAACGUGAUCUAAAGCACUAUAAUAGUACAUAAAUUAGACUCUAAUAAUUAUAGAAUACGACUCGAUUUAGUUUGGCUCAAUGAAUCUCAAUUUUGUAGCUCAUAUCUCGUUUUUUAUAAGUAUUAAAAUGUAGUAUUUUUUAUUUUAUUUUAAAUUAAGUAUCGUGUAAUAUCUAGUCUGUUAUAAAUAGCUACAAGAAUUACAAUAAGUAAAAGUAGAGCAUAUCCCACCGGGAGCAUUUGCGAUUGAAAAUCCGAACAAAAAAAGACAUUAGGGAUAGAGGACUUGUUCCUCAGACGCAGUAUAAUAAUUGAGCAAUUCACAUAUCUGUAUAAUCAAAAUAAUGCUAUCUCUCUCGCACGCACAUUCUUUCAUAAUGAUGACGUCACUAUGUGCAUAAGUUGGUAUACUACGACAUCUGAAGUACUUAAGUGCUUAAUUUUACGUUGCAAUUUUGAUUGUUCAAUAUAGCUGUUUUAAUUCUAUUUUUAAAGACGGAUUUUCUAAAGAAGAUAAAUAAGAAAUCAAUAUGAAAAUGCUCAAAAUUUAAGAUUAAGUAGGCUAUUUGAUGCUCCCAGUGUGGUAGCUCUAAGCGUACAUUUAUUUUUUAUAGUCUCGUAUUGACUUCGUAGCGGGUUUACAUUAUUCGUGCUUUCUAACUCUAGCAAUUGUGUUACGUGAUAUUUGGAUUUAUCAUUUCUUAAAUAUCUAACUUCAUAUAAAACAAAGUCCCUCGUUGCCUCUAUCUGUCUAAACGCGAUAAUCUCAAAAACUACCGAACGAAUUUCGAUGAUAAUUGGUAUGGAGUUUGAUUCCCAGGAUGGGAAGGGUUAUAGGCUGCUUUUUGUCCCGGAAAAACAUAUGGCGGGAAUUCUAUCCCGGAAAACUUUUAUUCAGACGGAGUCGCGAGCAAUUCAUUUUAAAACAAAGAAACAUCAGUGAUGUCACAAUAUGAUUUCUUAAAUUCUUAGACAUUACAAAAUCGACUUUAAUUUCGUGUCAUAGAUUUGUUAUUCGAACUGUUUCAAAUUUGUCAUACAAUUAUACAUUGUUCAAAUUUGCUUUCUUUCAAUUGUUUUUGGGAUCAUGAGCAUGUUUAAUAUUUAUUUCAUAUGUUUUCAUCAUAAGAAUGCAUUUUUCUUAUUUUAACACCCUGUAUUUCGUAAAUUCUGUUAUAAAAAUAUACAUUUCUGUAGUAAAAAAGGGUAUUCAAGCAUGUAA